CAAGGGCCUGCUCUUGAGCAUCUCCCCAAAAUGCAUCGCUGCUCCGUGUCAGCCCUGAGGCUUUGCCUGUUCUGCGCUUCGCUUGUGUCCUCGCCGGUCGCUAUAACCAUGGAGAACCUGUCUACUGCCAACAGCAGAUUUGCACUUGAUCUGCUCAGAAGGUUUAGUGAGGCCAACCCAACAGGAAAUGUCUUCUUUUCUCCUGUCAGUAUCUCUGCUGCUCUGGCCAUGGUCCUUUUAGGGGCCAAAGGUAACACAGAAGCCCAGGUGUUGAAGACACUUCAUCUUGACAAAGUUGAAGAUGUUCAUUCAAGAUUCCAGGCUCUGGCUAUGGAUAUAAACAGAAGCAAUGCUCCCUAUCUCUUGCGGCUGGCCAGCCGGCUCUUUGGAGAGAAGUCCUACAGCUUUCUGCCGGAUUUCCUGACUAAUACACAGAAAUUAUAUGGAGCUGAUUUGGCUACAGUUGAUUUCCUUCAGGCUUGUGAUAAAGCCAGGAAAGAAAUUAACCAGUGGGUCGAGGAGAAAACUGAAGGCAAAAUCCCUGAUCUGCUGUCUGAAGGCUCAGUUGAUAGCAUGACCAAGCUGGUACUGGUGAAUGCUAUUUAUUUCAAAGCGAACUGGGCAGAGAAAUUUCAAGAAGCUGACACCACUGAUGCACCAUUUCGGUUAAAUAAGAAUGAAAGAAGGACAGUAAAAAUGAUGUAUCAGAAAAAGAAAUUUAAUUUUGGGUACAUCCCUGAGGAGAAGAUCCGUGUUUUAGAGCUGCCUUACGAUGGAAGAGAACUUAGUAUGAUCAUCCUCUUACCUGAUGACACUGAAGAGGACUCCACUGGACUGCAGAAGAUGGAAAAGCAGCUUACCUCAGAGAAGCUCCAGGAAUGGACACGUCCAGAGCAUCUGUAUUCCGCUGACGUUCACGUGCGUUUGCCAAAGUUUAAGCUGGAAGAAAGCUAUGACCUUAAAUCAGAUUUAGCUGCUAUGGGCUUGCUGGAUGUAUUUGACAGUGGCAAGGCUGACUUGUCAGGAAUGUCAGGGGCACGUGACCUCUUCCUCUCUGAAGUUGUCCACAAGGCUUUUGUGGAAGUGAACGAGGAAGGCACAGAAGCUGCAGCUGCCACUGCUGGCAUUGCUAUGCUCUGCAUGGUCAUAGAAGAGGAUUUCAACGCUGACCAUCCUUUCCUUUUCUUUAUUCGCCACAACCCAACACAAAACAUACUUUUCUUGGGCAGAUAUGCUUCCCCAUAAAAGAAAACUUAGCAUUUGCAGCAUUGGUAAUGAAAGCUUUGUUCCUGAUUGAGUUAAUCCUCCUGUCAUGGGUUCCUAGUAACUUGACUGAGAUUCUGCCUUUCCCAUUAAAACAACCCCAGCGAAAUGGAGGAGUAAUUUAUUUUUUUUUUCUUGAGAUUGACAUAAUUUUUAAUUAAACAAGGAAAAUAUUGACUGUAGGCAGAAGAAAUAUUGGAGCAGAAAUAAAUUUUCUUGGAAGAAAUGCAUGUCUCUUAAAGCACAGGAUCACCCUUUAUGCAUCCUCACAUGGAUUAUUCUGUGUCGACAGCUCCCCGUUGCGAUACCAGUCACUCCUUAAUAAUCCAGGCACUCCUUAUGCACAUAUACUAGGUUGUUCUUACAAAACUAUUCCUCUCCUAAAAUCUUGCUUUACAAAAAUACUGUAAUAAAAUCAUUCUAGGCACCAAAAGGCAUGUCUUGAACAGCUGAGUUUACCCAGUUCUGUCGUGAAAUAGAAGGUCAGAUAACAUUUGUUUAGAGACAUCUAUUAAUAGAGAAAGGAUUAAGCUAUUUAAACAAAAGUAACCCCUUGAAGUUAGUAGCCAGAAAACUUGCAACACAGCUUUUGAAUGAGAAGGGAAAAAAUGAGUAAGAACUUUAGGUGAGAUGUUUAAAGAGGAUUUUUAAAAUUUACAGACUGGUGCCAUUCUAGUUACUGAAAACAUGAACAUUUUUCAGGGAUUAGAGGUUUUGGGUGCCUUUUCAAAAGUUCAGAAACUGUCAAUAUGACAUUAGAUUCUGACCAGAAGCUAUAUCAUUCCCAAAAGAUAUUUUAGCUUCCCAGAGGAUGACUGGGCGUGAUCUGCAAGAACUAUCUGAUGUGCUUCUUUAUUUACAAGGAUUCUACAUUUACUGAGCUGACUUCUACUGCCUCUUUAUGCUCAAAUCUCUGGUACUGUACCACAGCCUUAUUCCUGGGAGCCAGUGUAAUUACAUACUGUUGUGUUCUGUGUUUAUUUUUGGAGGUUAUUUGCUUGUUAUCUUGGGUACUGUAACAUUUACGUGUACAACCUCAGCUCAGAGUGGGACACAAUAAUUUAUAUAAUUGCAAACUGUAUUUUAAUCUUGUCUUUAAGCAAGAAAUAAAAGUCUUCUACUUAAA